AAUGACACGACCGUCGCCCCCCUGCCCUGCCUCGUCUGUGCUUGGUUUACAUAAUAAUCAAGGAAAAAUUGUUCCUUUAUUUUGGGCGGCGCUCCUUUACUUUUCUGUUGGUUGGCGAUAAAUUUGUUUGCAACAGCGACGCGAAUUUAAGCUCCAGUGGCUGAACAAGCGAGAGAUCGUGGGUUUAGGUUCUGCAGAAACCACAAUCUGAAUUGUAAUGGCGAAUUUGCGAAGACUUGUGGUUUACGUUUCCAGGGUGCUCAAUUCUGCGUCCACCCCUUAUACGAGCUCUAUCCAAUCUGCUUCAAAUCCCCUUGUCAGGUCUCGUUAUGGAUAUGCUUUUUCUUCUCCAUUCACUUCCCAGAGUAACGACUCUCAAUCGCUUGAUAUAGACAUGUCCAACGAAGAAAGCAAAAGGCGCUUGUUUAAUAGAUUAUUGUAUAGAAGCAAGCAACGAGGGUUCCUGGAACUCGACUUGGUCCUCGGCAAAUGGGUAGAGGAGAAUAUCCAUUCUUUGGAUGAAAAUCGGAUUAAAGCUCUGAUUCAUGUUCUGGAUAUGGAGAAUCCUGAUUUAUGGAAAUGGGUAUCCGGGCAGGAGCAACCACCUGAAUCAAUCAGCUCAAAUCCAGUCUUUGCUGCUGUCCGGGAAGGAGUCAAGAAGAACCUUGAUAGCCAUGCCGCCCCCGAAACAAGAGCAACGCCUGGCCGACCAUGGGUAAGAGGUUGGGAUGAUAUCAAGAAAGGUCGGGAUGGUCCUAUUUCUGGGAAUCAGUAGCUCUUUCUUGAAUGUUUGAGGUCGGUUGAGUUUGUUUCUUUGUAAAAAGGAAUUGAGUAAAAUCUGGCCGGCCAUUAUUGUUGCAAUUAUUAAGAGCUGAGCAGCAACAAUUUCUACGCUUGUAUAAGCUGCUAGAUACAUGAAAAAAGGGGUGUAAACUAGAAUAUUAUCACCUUGGGGUGACUUUUAUAUCCUCUAUUUUCGUUCUAUUUUGUUAAA